AUGAUCGAAACUGAGAAUCAGUCGGAUUCGCGUGCCAGUAGACUGGAUCAGCGAAACGAGGAUCUCCUCGUGGCUGGCAGUAACGGUGGCGAUCACGAAGUUAGUGACCAAACGGCUGCUGCAACCACCGACGCUACGCCGACAUUGGAGGACGUAGAUACGAUGAGAAAAGAGGAGCAAGAAACGUCGCGGACUCACGAAAAUUCAUCCAAGGGCGGCGCCGUCGCGAACAUCGCGACGCCCACAGCGGCGUCGACGAUGCCGGUGGAGGAUGAUGAAGAGGAGGAAGAGGAGGAAGAGGAGGAGGAGGACGCUGAGGAAGAAGAGGAGGAGGGAGACGAGGAGGGCGAAAUCGCAGUGGAGGGUGGAAUGUCGACGCAAGAAGAGGUCGGGGGUGUGUUGGCUGGUAGUGAAGGUGGGGGUGGAGGCGGCAUGGCCGGCUACUGGAGGCAGAGCAGACCCUCCAGUCCCCGCAUGCCGCCUCCGGAGCAGUCGGAGCAGCCGAGCCGACCCAAGAGCCGGCACGAGCUACAAGCCGCGAGAUAUAACAAUCUCGGCUACUGGCGAGCGAGAAGAGUUACCUUUUACAAAAAUGGCGAUCCCUACUUUCCUGGUGUGGAGUUCAGAUUCAAACCUGGCCGUGACAUUGGUUCUCUGGAGGCUCUAUUGGAUAGAUUAUCUCUUCGAAUGGACUUGCCUAGAGGCGCACGUCACAUUUUCUCGAUGGAUGGAGACCGAAAGAUCAAUCUCGACGAACUCGAAGACGGCGCCUCUUACGUAGUGUCUAGCUAUAAGACAUUUAAGCCGGCCAGCUAUGGGAAAAAGAACAACACCUGGUAUACAAGCCCAGCGGGCGGCGGAGGUAGUAGGAGUGGCACCGGGACCGGAAGUGGGGUUGGAGGGUGGCAGAAUAGACCGCCGGCGGUACCGAGUCUCAGCCGGAAGGCCUCCAUCACUGAAGAAGCGCCACCCCCUGGUGGCGGAAAGCCUUCUUCGGGACGUGUCAUUCGUAUCGUCAACAAUCAUGAUCAUACUGUUCAGUGCCGAGUUUUAUUGAAUCUUCGUACAUCACAACCUUUCGAGGAAGUUCUAGAGGAUCUUGGACAAGUGCUAAAAAUGAACGGGGCUAAAAGAAUGUUCACUGUCUCUGGACAAGAGGUGAGAAGUUUUUCGCAAUUGAGGAACGAAUUCGCGGAUGUGGAUACAUUUUACUUGGGUACUGGAUCAGCUCUCGUUAUGGCUGGUGGCAUCACAGCAUCCCCAGUACGAAGAUCGAGAUCACGUGGACCACCCGCCGUCGUGGAAGAAGUUAGCCGUCAGAGAAGGGCUCGCAGCAAAAGCAGGCCUCGAGCCUUGUACGCUCCUGACUCCGAAGUUGUUCGAGUAAACGGUAAAAAUUAUAGCGUCGUGGAAGUACUACGCGAGGAGCCAGCCAGAGUUACGAUCAGAGGACUUAGAAGAUCGUUUUAUCCUCCGUCUCAUCUGCCUCCAGUCGAUAAUUCACCGCCUGAGAAGAAGUUGCAACUCGAAUGGGUCUAUGGUUAUCGGGGAACCGAUACUCGCAAAAAUCUUUGGGUUUUACCCAGUGGCGAAUUGUUAUAUUACGUCGCGGCUGUGGCAAUACUUUUUGAUCGAGAAGAGAAUGCGCAGCGACAUUAUAUCGGACAUACAGAAGAUAUUAUGUGCAUGGAGGUUCAUCCAAGCAGAGAACUCGUCGCGUCUGGUCAAAAGGCGGGAAGACAUAGGAAGGCGCAACCGCAUGUUCGUAUAUGGUCAACGGAGACUCUUCUCACUCUGUAUGUGUUCGGUAUGACCGAAUUUCAAAUGGGUGUCUCAGCAUUAGCGUUUUCACAACUGAAUGGCGGUAGUUAUGUACUUGCCGUGGAUUCUGGAAGAGAAGCUAUACUUUCGGUGUGGCAAUGGCAAUGGGGACACUUGUUAGGUAAAGUGGCCACUAUGCAAGAAGAUCUUACGGGUGCGGCAUUUCAUCCACUGGAUGACAAUCUCUUGAUAACACACGGGCGCGGUCAUUUAACCUUCUGGAAUCGACGAAAGGAUGGUUUCUUUGAGCGAACCGACAUUAUCAAACCGCCGUCCCGUACACACGUGACGAGCAUCCAAUUUGAACAAGACGGCGACGUCGUCACGGCGGAUAGUGAUGGCUUCAUCACGGUAUAUUCGGUAGACGCGGAUGGGGCAUAUUUUGUACGAAUGGAAUUCGAAGCGCACAACAAGGGUAUUAGCUCUCUCGUCAUGUUAUCGGAAGGCACGCUUCUUUCCGGCGGAGAGAAAGAUAGGAAAAUAGCCGCUUGGGACUCACUGCAGAAUUACAAACGUAUCACCGACACAAAGCUGCCAGAAUCGGUAGGUGGAGUCCGUAGUAUAUAUCCGCAACGUCCUGGACGGAAUGACGGGAAUAUUUAUGUGGGAACUACACGAAACAACAUUCUUGAAGGUUCUCUGCAAAGAAGAUUCAAUCAAGUCGUAUUCGGUCAUGGUAGACAAUUAUGGGGUCUGGCGGUUCAUCCAGACGAUGAGGUAUUUGCCACCGCAGGACACGACAAGAACAUCGCUUUAUGGCGGAGACAUAAACUAUUGUGGACCACGCAGGUGGGUUUCGAAUGCAUAUGCAUAGCCUUUCAUCCAUUCGGCGUAGCGUUAGCGGCAGGAUCAUCGGAAGGUCAUCUUUUGGUACUCGCAGCUGAUACCGGUGCAGCCGUAGCAACCUUGAGAGUGUGCGGAUCGCCCUUGUCUUGCAUCGGAUACAAUCCCACUGGAGAAAUCGUAGCCAUGGGUUCCCAAAACGGCAGUGUAUACCUCUUUAGAGUGUCCAGAGAUGGAUUUUCAUAUAAAAAAAGCAACAAAAUCCGUGGUACGCAGCCAUUAAUGCAGCUCGAUUGGAGUUCUGACAGCCGCUUUCUCCAAACUGUCACUCAAGAUUACGAUCUCCUAUUUUGGGAUGUCAAGGUGUUGUCAUCAGAAAAGAGUCCAUUGGUCAUGAAAGACGUCAAAUGGUAUACUUACAACUGUACUGUUGGAUAUAUGACUUCUGGGCAGUGGAACAAUCGUUACUAUCCAUUAACUACGGUUGUAACUACGUCCAGUAGAUCAGCAGCACACGAUAUGUUGGUGAGCGGUGAUGCCGAAGGAUAUCUUCGACUCUUCAGAUACCCAUGUACCAGCGCCAAAGCUGAAUAUGUUGAGGAAAAGGUGUAUAGUUCGUUGGUAGCCUGCGCCAGGUUCCUCUACAAUGACCAAAAUGUCGUCACUGUCGGCGGCACUGAUGCUGCCUUGAUGCUCUGGGAAUUGGUCGACGAAUAAAAUGAUAGAAUCGCUAGAACAGCAUACUUAUUCUCCAAAUAUUUGUAGCGAUAAAUAUGAGGCGCUGGCGUCUCUUGAUAUAAAUUUUAAAUGAUAUAAAUUGAUAUAAAUUAAAUGAUAUGAUAUGAUAUAAAUUAAACAGAGAGUGGAAUUUGUCUUUUGAUGAAGUUAACAUAGAAAUGUCCAUUGAAUAAUAUAAAAGAAGUGUAAAUAUACAGGAUAAUCAUGAAUCAUUUGCACUAAUUUAAUUAAACAAUUUAAUUAAUUUAAUUUAACACUAUUUAAUUUAACACUAGCUCUUAUUUUGUAUCCCGAGAUAUUGUACGUAUUUUAACGCAAUGAAGAUGUGUAGCAUCAUUAUGAUGUUAUUUAUUUGAUUUACAUUCUGAUUCACUUCACAUUUAUUGCGUCAACAUGUAAAAUAUUUUAGUUUAUAUGAAACUUCAAGGAUGGAUUUAAUACUGAAAGAUAAUAAAAAAGAUUCAUAUAAAUGUAUAUAUAUUUUAAUGAACUCAUUUACAUUACUUUUUACAUUAUGCUUUUUUAUGGCACAUACAUUCUUGUGCAAGAUACUUUGUAAUUAUUAAUAAAUACCAUUUGUACUUUCUCAAUCCAAUCGAUGAGUAAUCGAGAAGUAAAAUAUAUUUAGGAAUAUAUAUAUAUAUAUAUGUACGAAUAUUUGAUGUUAUUUGAUGUUAUUAAUAUCGAAUUUAUUGUGUUAUACAAUAUAUCAGCUUCUAAAAUACUAA